UCACAGUUCGAUUUCCAUACGUCCGCUGCCAUCAGCAGCAGCGCCACCCUCCGCCCCACAGGUCACCAUCUCGUUCUCGUCGCCCCAGUCGAAGCUGCCGGCGGCGAGUGCGUCAGCGUAUCGCAUCUGUGACUCCCAGAUCUCUCGUGCGCGGGCCUGCAUCACCUGCCACAUCUCGUGCGGCAGGGGGCGGUAGUAGUCGGGAUCGACAUUCCAGUUGCGCACCAGGGGCUCGUCGCUGAGCCAGGCCUCGCCCAU